AGGUUUUGUCAUCUGUGGUCUUUACCAGCCAUUGUGGUUUAAUCAAUUAGUAACAGAGAAGAAUCAUUAAAGAGGAGAAAAUGUCAAAUCUAAAAAUGAAAGAGGCAGCCCUUAUCUAUCUUGACAGAAGUGGAGGGCUCCAAAAGUUUAUAAAUGAUUGCAAAUACUACAAUGAUUCAAAACAAAGUUAUGCUGUCUAUCGAUUCAAUAUUUUAAUAAACCCCUCUGACAUUGUUGAAUUAGAUGCUGAACUUGGAAAUCACAUUUUACACCAUCCUGUAAAAGCUGCUGAAGUUUUUCAGUCAGUCUGUUUUAUUGCUGUUAAGACUCUCUCAUUAAUUGGACAAUUACAGACUGAAACUCAAAUUAAUAUCAUGCUGAAGUUAACACAUUUACCUUCUCUGCCAAGUUAUAGUCUUAAUUUUUGUGAGUUUCAACUUGAUUAUACAUCUCAAAGAUUUUAUAUGAUGCAAGGGAUUGUGAUUGCAAUGACAACUGUAACAAAGUAUACACAAGGAGCAAGAUUUCUUUGUUCAGAUGAAGCAUGCCCUCUUUCAAAAGGAUUUCAGUAUAUAAGAGUGCAUGCGCCUGGUGCUACAGAAUCUGCAACAGUAAGAAAUGACUUUUUAUGUAAUCUGUGUUCUUCUUCACUUCAAGAAGACAGAAAAUUUAGAGUGCUUGGUGAUAAACAGAUAGUUGAAAUAAUUACUGCAAAGGCACUUCAUGCUUUUCAAGGAUAUUCUAAUACCCAGCCAUUUAGGUUUCAGUCGCUUACAAUUUUCCUAAGAGAUGAAUUGGUGAACAAAAUGAGUAUAGGAAAUGAGUAUAAAAUUAUUGGAAUUCCAACCUGUGUAAAAACUUUACAAACUUCUGUCUGUAUAGAGGCAAACAGCAUCACUUUUUGCAAUCCAAAAGUUCCUUCAGGAAUUAGCGACAAUUUCAGGUGUCUACUCUCUUUGACUUCCAGCUCAUGCUGGAAGUUUACAGCAAUACUUGCCAAUAUCUUUGCAUCACACAUUGUUCCUCCCGGGACUUACAAUUUUCUCAAGCUCUGUUUGCUGAUGAGUCUAGUUCAGACAAGAGACUCUAACAAGGAACUGGAAGAUUGCCUGGAUAUUUUAAUUAUAACAAGUGAUACUCUACUUGUAGACAGGCUUUUGAAUUACAGUAUAAACCUUGUGCCCCGUGGUAUACGUCAUCCAGUCUCUACUGAAAUUUUUCCUACUCUAUUCAGGAAUAAUUAUGGAACUGGAGCGGUUAGCAUUCAAGCUGGCAGUGCUUUGCUAGCUAAAGGUGGUAUCUGCUUUAUAGGAGACUUGGCGUCAUACAAAAAAGAUAAACUUGAACAGCUUCAAUCAGUUAUGGAAAGCAGAAGCAUUACAGUGUACAUCCCGGGAAAGAAGUUUGGGGAUGAUACCAAUCAACAAACGACUUUUCCCAUUCAGUGCAGUUUUUGGUCUUUCAUUGAUAUGGAUUCAUCUUCAAGGAAAAAUAUGCAGAAAACCAACACUCUAAUUGGUCAGAUGGAUUGCAGCUUGAUUCCAGCUAAUCUUGUAGAGGUAUUUGGAUUAUUGAUUAACUGUAAUGAAUCAUCUCCUUGCCACCCAUUUCUUCCUACUGUGCAACAUACUUUAAAGAAAGCCAUUGAUCCUGAAGGGCUGCUUUAUUUAGCUUCUAAACAGUUCACAACAGAAGAUUUUGAAAAGCUGCUGGCUUUUGCAAAGAAUUUGAAUGUAGAAUUCAGCUUGGAGGCAGAAAGAAUGGUUCAUGGCUAUUAUCUAGCAAGUCGCAGAAUCAGAACAGAUUCUAUAUGUGGAUCAAAACUGUCAGCAUCUGCAUUAAAAUAUUUAAUUUCCCUAUCUGAAGCCCAUGCUCGACUGAACUUAAGGAAUAAAGUGCUUAAAGAAGAUGUACUAAUUGCAGUCUUAUUAUUUGAAACAUCUCUCACAUUGAAAUAUGGGGCCACCGUAUUUUGUGUUGCUCCAAAUGCAGUAUUUCCAUUCGAACUAUAUAAUGAAGAAUAUUUAGAACAAAGGGAUAUCUAUUUGUCUCAGUGCCAACAACAGCUCCUACAAUUUAUUGCCACAUAUGGACCUGGGACAGCUGUUUUCGCUAGCGAUGAAUAGGCAAUCUGAGGAAAGUUUUCUUCAUAUCUACUUCAGCAGUAGGAAUAUGAUAUUGAAGUAAUGCUUCAGGUAUUGUGUAUAGGAGUUAUAUUAGAAUGCCACCUUAAAAAUAUAAAAUAUGGUCUCUUCAAAUUAAUUGCUAAUAGAAUACACUAAUUCAAAUCUCAAAGCCAACAGCAGAAAUUUAAAACUUAGGAGAAUCUUAUAAAAAACAAAGAAAAGAACAACUCUGGCUAGCCCAGUAUACCAGUGGGCAAGAUAAAAAUACUGAAUGUUGCAAGUUAAGCAAUGUAAAAAAUGGUUAACUACUCCUAUGUAGUUCCCUCCACUUGUCACAAGAUGGCAAUAGCACUUUAAAUGAGAGUACCUUCAAAUUAAAUGGCUUUCUCUUGCACUUUAAAACUGACACAUUGAGAAAAUUAACAAUUUAUAUAACCACAUCUCAAAUUUAAGGACUUUUUAUGUUUUACUAGAUAUUGACAUGUUCAUUACAUAGUUUUAUGGAGUCAGGAAAAGCCUUGAAAUUUCCAUUUUUGUAGAAGCCAGGUUAAACAAAAAGGAAUUUAAGUCAAAUCAAGCAAGUAAUUGGUUGUUUGUUUAAACCUAACUGGUUAUAAAGAAGGUACUAGAAGGCAAAGAAACCAACUUACAUCUUCAUUUUUAGAGGGCAGAUACCUGCUCUGAAAAGGUAGACACCAUGAGAAAAUACACUUUUUUUUUUUAGGGAAGAGAGGGGGAGAUCAGAAAAUAUACUCCUUAUAAAAUCCCCAAAUCCUUUUCAUUUUUCAAAACUUUAAUUUUACUCACUAAAAAGAAGUCACCUGAAAUUUGCCAUCUUAUUAACCAAGAUACCACCAUACAUUUAUUCUUUAGAAAUUGGUCCGAGUUUAACCAUAAAGUGGAUAGUUCUCACUCUUGAUAUGACUUUUACAAAUCAUUCACUAUUUCCUACUCAUUCAACAAUACUGAGUAUCUACUGGUGCCCAUUUUCAGAAGGCAGUUGUUUUUAUUAAAAAGUACAUAGUACAAUCCUGUAAUGUCAAGACCUUAUUUUUCUGGUUCUGAUAUGGCCAAAUAUUUUAUAAAACUAAGACCCACAAAAUGCCCUCUAUUUUACAAUUAUAAAGUGUUAUUUAACAGGGGAGUGACUUUCAUGUUACCUCUCAUGCAGAUUCUAAACGUUGCCGUAUACAUUUUGUACUGUUUACCUUUCCAUCAUGAAAUUAUAAUCCUAAAAACAAGGUAUUAUGAGACUCAGUAGAGGAAAACAAGAUUUAAAUUUUCACCCAGGUAGGAACUGAGUUCAUUCUUAGAAUUUUCAUAAAUUCUGAAGUCCUGGAAAGACUGGACUGCCCAGCCACCAUUUUCCUUAAUUACUUGUACUAAGAUUGUGAUUACUGUUUUGUUCACGAAGAGAAAAACAAAUUAAAACUUGUACAAGUGAAGCCUUUAGUUGUGAGGGGCAAUGCAUUAGGGAGUUUCCGACUAUAUUCCUCAGCCAUGGAAUAUAUUCCAAGACCCCAAGUGGAUACCUGAAAGCAUAAAUAGUAGUAUUUUCCCUAUAUGUACCUAUGAUAAAGCUCAAUUAAUUAGGCACAAUAACAGGUCUAACAUAACACAAACUAGCUAACAGGUAAUGUACAGUGCAGCUACACUGGAUAAAAGAAUGAUUCUCAUUUCUUAGAACUGCGUGCAAUUGUAAAAUUUAGGAAUUAUUUCUGGAUUUUCCCAUGUAAUCUUUUUGGACUGUGGGUAACUGAGGCUAUGGAUAACAGGAUUGUAUCAUUCAAGAUAGAACAGGUUCUGAAGGGAGGGCCUCUAGUAUAGUGAUUAGGGCCUCUCCAGAAAUCCCCUUAAGGCAGCGGUUCUCAACCUGUGGGUCGCCUAAGACCACCCUGCAUACCAGAUAUUUACAUUACGAUUCAUAACAGUAGCAGCAUUAGUUAUGAAGUAGUAACAAAAAUAAUUUCAUGGUUGGGUCACAACAUGAGGAAAUGUAUUUAAAGGGCCAGAAGGUUGAGAACCACUGCUAAGGCAAGAAAGGAUAUAAGAACUGGAGGUUCUAAGAAAUCUCCCCAGUUGCCUGCCACCUCAAGGAGAAUCACUUUCCACAAAUAAGGGAAUUAUUAACAUGCUAUCCUUCCAGUAUGUAAAAA